AUGUUGGCCCUAAGAUACAUUCUUGCUGUGUUGAUUCGAAGCAUCUCAAUGAUACUUGGGAUUCCUGGAAAUGGUCUCAUCAUUAUCGUCUACUGCAAGAAGAAACGCAAGACCGGAACAGAUGUAUUCAUCCUUGGACUUGCCGUUGUUGAUUUCGUCGUUUGCCUAAGUUUCCCUGUGAAAAUAUAUUCGUAUGUAACCUCUCAGUUUACAAACGACGCCUUGUGUAAAUUGAUGCACUUUGUUGUCUUUUGGAACACUUAUAUCGGCGUUUUCUUGACGACAAUCAUCACAGUUGACCGUUUUAUUGCAGUUUGCAAACCAAUGAAGAAAAGAGUGUCCCCCAAGCAGGCAGUUGUCAUCGUGUCAGCAAGCGUCAUUUUAGCAGCAGUUUCAGCCAUACCUUCGGUGGCAUUAACAGGAAUCGUAUAUUAUGGUCCUGUGUCAAGAUGUACUUAUUACGCAGACCAUAUGGUCUAUACACAGACUAUAACAUACCUGAACGAUGCACUCUUUUACAGCUGCCUCACUGUUAUCACAGUUCUCUAUGUUCUGAUCUGGAUUACGGUGCGUCGUCAGGCAAGGGUGCGAGCCCUGAAGCUUGGUGGGAUCAACAGUGUCUCGAGUAAGGUUCUGCCCAACCAGGUUUCCGUGAUGCCAUCGGAGGCUUGGGAAGCAUCAGACCAAGGAAAGUCUGAUAGACCAACAGCAAGUCAAGCAACCAUGGCAAAGGACGACUACACAAAAAAGAAUGCAGAGUCUGCAGGAAAGGGGGCAGGGUCUUCAAGAAAAACAAGUGCAGGGAGUAGUAAUCAUCAUACUGUGGAGCUUCAAAUAGGACAAGGUCCAUCACAAGGCAACCAACUAACUCCACCCAUCAGGGCGAAUCCAAUGCAACCUCGAAGAAAGGCAGCCGCACCAGUUCCGGUUGUACGGACCAACAACAAGACAACCGUGAUGAUCUUCACGAUCACUGUCGUAUUUUUCCUUACCUGGAUCCCAACCAAAAUUUGGGACUACUACCCAAGCAUAAAAUUCACGUGGAUCGGGACUGAUCCAGUCAGGUAUAACAUAUUCUACGUCUCUCUACUGGCGAUCAAUCUCAACCAGGUUAUCAAUCCAUUCAUCUAUAGUUUCGUCAACGUUCAGUUCAGACGAGAAUGCGUCACGGUGAUGAGACACAUUCGACAAUGCAGAUUUUCUUAA